AUGGACGAAUUAGAUCGCUUCUCCGAACAAGUCAGACGUUUGAAACCGCGAUCAAUUUUUCCUGAUGAAAAUAUCGAAUUCGCUAAUAACGCCGAUAUGCUGCAACAUCCAUCAACUUUUGCGCAAUCUUCAACAAAAAAUAUUCCGCGUGAACGAAUUAUUCCCAUCAAACUGAUCGAUCAACACUCAACAAAUGUUAGAACAUCAACAGCUCUAAAAGACUGGAAUUCCUCCGCAACACCUGUAAUCAAACGAUAUGUCUAUGAUCCGGAAAUAAUAACACAUAGAGAAUACGGAAAUAUUCAGAAAGGAGGAAAAGUACCAGCUGAAGAAUAUGCUAAUAUUCCAAAUUAUGGCACAAUAAUAUCAAAAUAUAAGCCGCACGAGACAUUGAUCAAUGAUAUUCCACAAGAAAAUCAAAUCAUAACGAAACAAUUGUUGUCAUCAAAUAAAAAUGGAGUAGGAAAUGUGUAUAUGAGAAGUAUUCCGCCACCAGAAUACAGAACUGAAGCGGUAGCUGCUAUUCAUCAAUUAUCAAAUGAUGACAGAGAAGGAAAAGCAAAGAUGAAAAAACCAGUGCAAACUGUGGUCGAUAUCGAAUCACAACAAAAGACGUUGCAUUCGCAAUAUCCAAAAUCAGCUGUUCAACGGCAAAUUGCUAGGCGCAUAUCUGGCGGAUCGGAACAUUCUAAAAGCUAUGGUAUACCAUCGCAGCAACAUCGGUUAGAAAAAAAUCGUCAAAUCAGACAAACGGAACAAGUAAUUAAAAAAUUGGAAGACGAUAUCCCAACUACAAGAAAUAUUAUUCAAAACAUAGCUUUUCAACAAGUGAACGAUCAAGAACGUGAGAGUUACGUGAUAAAACCGGAAAUGAAACGUUCUAAAUUACCGUUUUUUAUGCGAUUAUUCAAGAAGAAACGACGGCAUUCUACAAGUCCCACUGAUGCACAGAAACAGUUAGAUAAUAGCUUUGAGCAACCUCGGGCAUUAGAAACUAAUAUUGAUCAAAGCAUACAUUCGCCAUUAAGAAGUUAUGGACGGUUGGUACGUGAUGAUGAGAUGGAGGAACGACCCCAGGAUGGAACGAUUUAUUUGUCUGAGGAAAGCGCUACAACGGCAACAAUUCCUCGACAAGAUUUUCGUGCAGAAAAAGCUGCGAUUGGUAUGAAAUCCGGUUAUGACGGUAAUGAAAAUGAUGAAUUGCUUCAUGUCAAACAGUUAAAUCUUGAAGAAGGCCUCACACCACAUCCAUAUAAAACAGAGCCAUGCAUAGAAGUAGCAGUCGUAAAUCGUAAAAAGGAUUAUUCGGCUGAGCGUAAAAUGAAGUUGUUGAAGUUGUUGUGUUGCCUUUUCUGCCCAGUUACUUGUGCUAUUGCUAUUGCUGUUCUACUUAUUAUGCUUCUUUUUGUUUUUUGA